AUGGGAACUGAACUCAUGAGAGUCUGUGUUAAGGAAGAGAAUGAAGAAGUUCCUGCAGUUCCUCCUGGAUUCGAGUCAUUCGCCCCAUUUUCCUUGAAGAGGAUAGAAGAUGGGGGGAAGAGGGGAAGCCCAGAUGGUGUUAGCUGUAUAGAUGUUGCCAGAACUUCUGGGCUGCAGUCAGUGCAAGUAAAACCAGAGCCUUGUACAAUUGAUACAGCAGCAGAGCAUGUUAGUCGAAUUGCAGUAAGCACUUCAGCCUCAACAAGUGUCAGUGGAUCGCAAUCCAUUCAGGUGAAAACUGAACCUCUAAAUAGUGAUGCCAAUAAAAUCACGAAGUCUCUUAGGCGCAAGCCUUGGAUAAAUCAUGGGCAUUCAGAUCGCUGUACAGAUGAUGAUCCUGGCGGCGUGGACGUUAAUCUGAAUCCCGAUAUAAGGACUUGUCUCCCUAAGGGUGUUGUUCGCGGCUGUCCACAAUGCAAGGAUUGCCAAAAGGUUACAGCCAGAUGGCGUCCUGAAUAUGCUCACAGGCCUGAUCUUGAGGAAGCUCCUGUGUUCUACCCUACAGAAGAAGAGUUUGAAGAUACCCUGAAUUAUAUAGCUAGUAUACGGCUUAAAGCUGAACCUUAUGGUAUCUGUCGGAUUGUCCCGCCUCCUUCAUGGAAACCUCCCUGUCCCCUCAAGGAAAAGAGUAUAUGGGAGGGCUCCAAAUUUAUAACUCGUGUUCAGAGGGUUGACAAACUACAAAAUCGAGGUUCUAUGAAAAAGUUAUCCAAGUUCAAUAAUCACUCCAGGAAGAAAAGGAGAAUAUGUAUGAGAAUGCCAUUAGAUUGUGGGCCUGAUGUUGGGAGUAAAUCCGAGUCUGGUGAUACUUCUGCGGUUGGCUUGGCUGAGACAUUUGGGUUUGAUCCUGGUCCAGAAUUUGAUCUGAGUACAUUUCAGAAGUAUGCAGAUGAUUUCAAGGCCCAGUACUUCAGGAAGGAUGCAGAUCUUGCAAACAAAUCAUCCUUUGUAAAUUGGGAGCCUACGGUGGAGAAUGUUGAGGGUGAAUAUUGGAGAAUCAUAGAGAAGGCUACUGAAGAAAUCGAGGUUCUGUAUGGAGCUGAUCUCGAAACUGGCGUUUUUGGUAGUGGGUUUCCCAAAAUGUCUGGUGAAGUUGGUUCUGCUGUGCAGGACCAGUAUAGUAAAUCAGGCUGGAACUUGAAUAACUUCCCAAGGCUGUCUGGAUCUGUCCUGUCUUAUGAAAGUGGUGAUAUUACUGGUGUACUAGUUCCUUGGCUAUACAUUGGCAUGUGCUUUUCGUCCUUUUGUUGGCAUGUUGAGGAUCAUCACUUGUAUUCACUUAAUUAUUUGCAUUGGGGUGCUCCAAAAAUGUGGUAUGGAGUACCUGGCAAGGAUGCUGUAAAAUUGGAAGAGGCGAUGAGAAAGCAUUUGCCUGAUCUCUUUGACGAACAGCCUGAUCUGCUUCAUAAGCUAGUGACGCAGCUUUCACCUUCGAUACUAAAAUCUGAAGGUGUACCAGUCUAUCGCUGUGCACAGAAUGCUGGAGAGUUUGUUUUGACCUUUCCUCGGGCAUACCAUGCUGGUUUUAAUAGCGGUUUCAAUUGUGCGGAGGCUGUAAAUGUAGCCCCUGUUGACUGGUUGCCCCAUGGACAGAUUGCGGUAGAGCUUUACCGUGAUCAAGGACGACGGACAUCCAUUUCGCACGAUAAACUACUGUUAGGAGCUGCAAGGGAAGCAGUGAAAGCUCAGUGGCAACUCAAUUUACUGAAGCGGAACACUGCAGAUAACUUGAGGUGGAAAGAAGUUUGUGGAAAGGAUGGAAUAUUAGCUAAAGCACUUAAGACACGCCUGGAGAUGGAGCGGACAAGGAGGGCGAUCCUCUGCAAGUCGUCGCAGACACUUAAGAUGGCCAGCAACUUUGAUGCAACUUGUGAAAGGGAAUGCACCUUUUGCCUCUUUGAUUUACACCUCUCUGCGGCAGGAUGCCGGUGUUCUCCAGACAGGUACACAUGUUUGAAUCAUGCGAAUCAGCUGUGCUCAUGCGCUCCAGGUGCCAGAUAUUUCCUCUUUCGCUAUGAAAUCAGUGAAUUGGAUAUCCUUGUGGAGGCAUUGGAAGGAAAAUUGAGCGCAGUGUACAGGUGGGCAAGAUCGGAUCUUGGUCUAGCCCUCACUUCUCCUGCCGCUGGUAGGAAGAACAUUCAAGAUGGUAAGGUGUCUCAUUUUCCCGAAGCAUCAUUGUUAGUUAAAGGGAUGAAUUCACAAUCAGCGAAGGAUUUCGUGAAGGAGACCAAGGAGAAAGGGAUCUCUAAUGAUGUCACAUUGGCAUCAGCUAGAAUUCUUGGUGAUUCAACUUCAGACCACCAACAGAGACUACCUGAAACUGUAUCUGGCAAAGAUGUGAAGGCAUCAUCAGCAUCCUGCAGUCCUCAAGCAAUGGAGAAGGGAGUCAUCAGAUUAACCUUGAGAAAAAGACCCAGUAUUUUGUCUACAGAAGCAAAUAUGUCUAUACCAGGUUUAACCACGCAAGAGGUGUCCUGUCCUGUGGAUGUUUCAGGGAAGUCUGAAGCACGAAAAUCCUCGAAUUUGGUUCACGAUGAAGUUAUUUUUCUUAGUGAUGAUGAGGGGGUUACUCCAAAAAAGGAAGUUCUGGAAAGAGCCAAGGGGAAAGAGGACUUUCGCACUAAGCAUUCGGACCUCUCUGAUAAGCUAUCUUGUUCAGGUGAUAGCCCAUGUAACGACCAUGACUAUCCCAAUGCUGCUGCUGCACCUGUUGUGAGAAAGGGCUCCAUUUGCUCAUCCUCCAAUAAUAGUCAAAGUUUAAGCAGUGCUGCUGUGACGGUGAAGGAAGAAGAGUCUCAUCAAAGCCCUGGGGCAGUUUUGGAAUCUUAUAAUCAACCUAAUAGUUGUCUAAUUGGUUCAAGCACUACAGGAUUUGGUAGGGGUAUUGUGGAUUCUCUCCAUUCAAGUGAAACAACCUGUAAUGGUGACAAUAUAGGAGAUGCUGGAAGCCGGCAGCCGAAUCAAUAUAGCCAUGGAAAAUCUAGCUAUGAAGAUAGGAUGAUGGGGAUAAGUGCAACUUCUAGUCCUAUGGACUUGACUAAGACUACAACAGUGAGUCCAUCUUGCUUGCAGAGUAAUUUGGAUCGUUGUUUGCGCCAGAAGGGCCCCCGUAUUGCUAAGGUCGUGCGCAGGAUAAAUUGCAAUGUCGAGCCUCAGGAGUUUGGAGUUGUUCUUUCUGGGAAUACUUGGUGUAACAGUCAGGCAAUUUUUCCCAAAGGAUAUAGGAGCCGGGUUAAGUAUAUCAGUGUCUUGGAUCCAACGAGUAUGUGUUACUAUGUCUCUGAAAUCCUGGAUUCUGGAAGAAAUGGACCAUUGUUUAUGGUGUCCCUUGAGCAGUGUCCAGCGGAGGUAUUCGUUCACAUUUCGGCUACCCGAUGUUGGGAAAUGGUGAGAGAGAGGGUGAAUCAAGAGAUAACAAAGCAGUAUAAAAUGGGUAAACCAAAUCUUGCUCCCUUACAACCUCCCGGGAGCCUAGAUGGCUUCGAAAUGUUUGGGUUCUCAUCCCCUACAAUCGUCCAGGCAAUCGAAGCAUUGGACCAUGACAGAGUUUGUACAGAGUAUUGGGACUCGAGGCCCUAUUCGCGGCCGCAAGGGCAGAUACCACGUCAUUCUCUAAGUCAAGCAUCCCAGAAACCAAGUAACGGGGGAGCUGAUGGUGAGGUAGAUGAGAUACUGAGAGGGGUAUUCAAGAAGGCAGACCCCGAGGAACUAAGCAAACUCAAUCGUCUUUUGAAUCAAAUGACGGCGCCGACUGCUGAUAAUCGAGACUUAUUAACCAAACUUGUUAAUGAAGAGAUUCAAAACCGUUCCAAUGGGAGGUAA